GUUGCUACCGCAGCGCUAACCACUGUGCGCAUUCAGCCCGUGGAACUGUUAAAAAUAUGCAAAAAUAUGAAAAACUGGAAAAAAUAGGAGAAGGUACUUAUGGCACUGUUUUCAAAGCCAAAAACCGUGAGACCCACGAAAUUGUUGCUCUGAAAAGAGUGAGACUCGAUGACGAUGACGAGGGUGUGCCAUCAUCGGCUCUCCGUGAAAUUUGCCUGCUCAAAGAAUUAAAACACAAAAAUAUCGUACGCCUAUACGACGUACUCCACAGUGAUAAAAAAUUAACUCUAGUCUUUGAACACUGUGAUCAGGAUCUGAAGAAGUAUUUUGAUAGUCUGAAUGGAGAAAUUGAUUUAGAUGUUGUCAAAUCAUUCUUAUAUCAGUUAUUACGUGGAUUGGCAUUCUGCCACAGUCGUAAUGUACUACACAGAGAUCUCAAGCCCCAGAAUUUGCUCAUUAACAAGAAUGGUGAGCUGAAACUGGCUGAUUUUGGAUUAGCGAGGGCUUUCGGCAUUCCAGUUAAAUGUUACUCAGCUGAGGUUGUUACACUCUGGUAUCGUCCACCUGAUGUACUCUUCGGAGCUAAAUUGUACACAACGUCUAUUGACAUGUGGAGUGCUGGCUGCAUAUUCGCUGAAUUGGCGAAUGCAGGCAGGCCACUCUUCCCAGGCUCCGACGUUGACGAUCAAUUGAAGAGAAUAUUCAAAAUGUUGGGAACACCAACAGAGGAAACUUGGCCAGACUUGACACUCCUUCCAGAUUACAAAGCAUUCCCACAGUAUCAUCCGACACAGGGCUUAGCCCAAGUUACACCUAAACUCCCGACGAGGGGAAAAGACUUGCUCCAGAGAUUAUUAGUUUGUAAUCCAGCACUGAGAUUAUCAGCAGACGAGGCAAUGGCACAUCCCUACUUCAAUGACUUGAACCCUGCCAUAAAAAACGAUCGAUGCCAAUAACGAGACUCCUCCAUAUAGAGCUCAACUGAUUGCACUCAGUGUGUGUGUGACGCAGCGACCAAGAUACUUAAGUGAAUAAAAUUAAAAAUAAUGAAGAUAAAAAUGAUGAAAAACGAUGACGACACUCCUUCAAAUUAUUUAUUAUACGCGUCUAUGUGGAUCGAUCAAAUUUUGAAGAUAUUGAAAGCAAGUCUUGUUUUAUAUGCAAUUGUCCAAAACUAAUCAAUAAAAUUGUCAAUUUUACCACGA